CUGUUUGUCCCGCAGUCUCUAUGGCGCUGGUCCUCCAGCGGUGCGUGUCCGCGGAGGGCGUGAGGGGGCACGGCUGAGACGUGGCGGCAACUGUCACCGGCGGAGGCGGCCGGGCCGGGGCCUGCCCUGCAGACCGUGUUCUAGUCAAUUUGGGGUCGUGCGUUUUCAUCUGGGUGGGAGAUGUUCUAGUAAUGUCUGAAAAAGAUGGCAGUGAAAGCCUGAAAGUAGGUGCCUCCCAGAAGGAUGAGAAUGGACAGACAGUGGAGGAAGCUGGGUCCGUUAAGAGCAGUGGUAGGGAACAGGAUGAACCUGAACCUGUGGCUCUGACUCGGAAAAGACCCGAAGCCAAACCCUCCAGCAAGCCUAUUGCUGCAGAAGAGCCAGUGGAUCAAGCCCUGAAAGUCUCUGAUUCCACUGAUGCAUCUCAGACAGGAUGGGGAUACUGGGGGAGCUGGGGAAAGUCACUUCUCUCCACUGCCUCUGCCACAGUAGCUACAGUAGGACAAGGUAUUUCGAAUGUCAUCGAAAAAGCAGAGACGUCCUUUGGGAUCCCCAGCCCUAGUGAAAUCUCGUCAGAGGCCAAAGUUGUUACAGGAGGAAGGCAGAGAGCUGAAGCAAGCAUUACAGGCGGAGUUGGUAACAGCAGUUCCUCGCCCAUCAGUGGAACUUUCGGAGUUUUAUCCACUCUUUCUACAGCUGUUCAAAGCACAGGGAAGAGUGUUAUUAGUGGCGGUUUGGAUGCCUUGGAAUUCAUUGGGAAGAAGACAAUGGACGUGAUAGCUGAAGGAGACCCUGGAUUCAAGAAAACAAAGGGCUUAAUGAACAGGAAUUCCACACUAUCACAGGUCUUGCGAGAGGCAAAGGAGAAAGAAGAGCAGCGGACAGCUACUGAGGUUACCAUGGCUACCGAGAAGCAAGCCCAUUAUGGGUUACUCUUUGAUGAGUUUCAGGGUCUUUCACAUCUGGAAGCCUUGGAGAUGCUUUCCAGAGAGAGUGAUUCAAAGGUGAAGUCAGUUAUAAAUGCCCUCUCUGGAGAAGAGUUAGACAUGUUAAAAAUGGAGUUGGAGCAGCUCAAAGAAGCAUUUUCAUUAGCUGAGUUUUAUGAUGAUGAAGAGGAAGAGAAGAAGGGAGAUGAAGAUUUCACAAAGGAAAUAACUGCGCUUUUCUUCGAACUGCACGUCUCAGCCAAGCCGGACAAAUUAGCCACAGCAAGGAAAUCUGCUCAUGAAUGGAUUGAAAGACUCAACAUGGAAACUCCAAAAGAGAGGAAAACGAGCAAAGAAAACCAACAGCUGGAUUCAGGGGAUGCUGACCGAGAUGUUAAAACAUCCGUAGAGGAUAUACAUGCAUUUGCCAUUAGAAGUCUGGCUCAACUGACAGCCUACUCCAUUGAAAUGUUCCACAAAACUGCAGCAUUAGUCCUACAUGGUCAGAAGCAAGAGGUGUCAGCCACAGGCCGAGCCAAAGCCCUUUCACAAAUGACUAUUGUGCUAUGCAAAGAAUUGUGUUCUCUAUCUAAAGAGUUUACGACGUGCUUAACAACUGCAGGGGUCAAAGAGAAGGCAGAUAUGCUUAACCCAUUAAUCACUGGAGUGUUUUUGGAGGCUUCAAACAGUGCUUCGUAUAUCCAAGAUGCCUUCCAGCUACUCCUGCCUGUGCUACAGAUCUCUCUUAUCCAGACUCAAACUGAAUUAUCCCAGCAAUGAAUGAAUCCUGCUAGUCAAGCAGAAACCACAUCUGCCCACUUGAUCAUUCCCUUGCCUGGGAAUGGGGUAGGGACAGAAAAUAAACGAAGCUUUAAUCACUGGUACCAGAGUGGUGAUGACAAAAUGCUGACUGGCCAGGUCUUAGCUGUACAAUUUGUCAAGAGACAUGAGGGAUGCAGUUAGCAUAGUCUAGGCAUCUGGGCAAUCUGGCAAGUUAAAAGUGCAGGUUGUUUCUUUGGGUAAGUCUACACUUAAACCACUACAGCAGCGCAGCUGUGCCUCUGUAGUACUUGAGUGUAGACACUACCUAUGCUGACUGAAGGAGUUCUCCCAUCAGUGUAGGUAAUCCACCUCUCCAAGACGCAGUAGCCAGGUUGAUGAAGAAUUCUUCUGUCGACGUAGCUGUAUCUCUCAGGGGUGUGGAUUUUUCACACCCCUGAGAGACGUAGCUGUGCCGAUGUAAAUUCCCAGUGUAGACCAGUCCUUAGUUUUGGCUGACUGUUUAUUACUCUUCUCUCUGCGCUCCCAUAGCUGAGUAUGUUAACAAGCUCUUUCAGGAACGACUAUUUUGAGGAAGACUGAAGCUAAAUCACUCUAGAGGAAAGACUAGGGUAACUGGUUAAUGAGAAUUUAACCAAACUCUCCAGCUGAGUUUGAAUUCCGAGGCACAUACUUCUGUUCCUGCUAAGUGUGUGCUGGGUACAAGAUACGGCAAGGUUCAGGGUCUCAGGAAUGACUUCAGCUUUGAAAGAACAGAAUCUAAGGUCCCUGAUGCUCUGUAUAUACGAAAGCGGCAGCUUGCUGAAGGGUGCUGGUCUCUUACGUACAUACUGAGUUCUUGGAUGGGGCUUGGGGAUUUUGACGAAGACUGUUUCUCUCUUUCCUGCAAGAUGUUUGCUUCAAGAAGACAAGGGUUGCACACAGGGUUACAGGUGGCCCCAUUAGUGAGAAGAAAGCUGUAACAGGACUGAUUUGUUCAGAACAACAGGGUGCGUGGCCCUGUAACAAUAAAUGAAAAGCAACCAGAAGGGAUGUUCAAGUAACAGAGCAGAGAAUUUCUCAUUACCUUUCAGUACAACGUGACCCAUCAGUCGCGGUCUGUGUGUACAGACGUUUGUCAUGUACCACUGAAGGAGUUUCUUAGGCUACUGUAUAAAAAUGGUGCAGUGUACUACUUCCUGUCCCAGUAGGAGGCGAUUAGAAUACGUCCGAGAGGAAACAGCUUGACAAUGGCACUGGGACGCCUCAUCUGCUCCACAAGCUGCUGUUCCACACAGGGCAUCUUUUCCUUUGUGCUUUAAAACUUCCUUAUUUUGUUACUUUUUGCACUCUGUACCUUUUGAGCUUCUUCACUGGAAGGGAACAGCCUCUGCUGCACCGACAGGGAAAGAAAGAGGUGGCUUAAAAUGGAAUAAAAAGGGAGUCCCGGCAGCUAAUGAGAGUAGACUGUCAUACCUGCGUUCCUCAGUACUGGCUCAUCAGUAAUGAUGAAUCUCUAGUCCCAGCCUUAGCCGUCUCCAGGUUUUAGCAGGUCUUGCAAAUCUCUACUCUUGGGUUCCAUGCUUCUCUGUGCUCUGCUCCAUUGAUACAGCUUGUUGCCAAGCAGAGAGAGUUGGUUUUUACUAUAGAAACACCUUUUGGCUAAUAGCUUCUCCUAUUUUGUAUAGCUGGAAAAAUCCUUGCUUCAGUUUUGGUUGAAUGAUCAAAUCUGUGGAUGGAUUGACUUUUCUAUUAAUAAAACCAUACAUGGAAUAAGUGUUCAGGCAUUGCUCUGAGAAUUGUACAUCAUAUGUGGGGAGAGGUGUGGGGAAGGAUCAAAGGGAUGGGGAGGAAAGAACAACCCCCCCACCCCACCCCAACACACAUACUCUAUGCUCUUUUCUUUCACAGAGCUGUUCUAUUCUGUAUCGGUUCUUAUACUGUGCUCAUCACCAUAAUGUCUGAAUACCUGUGAGUCAUUUUUUCUGUGGCCAGAAGCUGAGUUAAAUGCCAGUGCUGUUUCAUGUAUCAUGAACUGGCAAUAACUAAUCUGGCAGAAUUGCUCUGGGGUGCUAAUGCAGUUGUGGCCCCACUCUUACCUUCCUUCUCCCCUGCCCUAUGGCUGAGCAGUGUUUUUAUAUAUGUAUAUAGGAGGGAGGCCAGAGCUCCAUUCUCAAUCUGGGGCGACAGUUGCCACAGAUGCUAUCAAGGAAAGUGCAUUGAUGCUUAAAGUAUGCAUUGUUUUCUCUUGAGCUCCCUGUCCCAGCCUCUGGCUGUGGUUUUGAGCCCCAUAUUUACCAUGUCUUAUAUUGGUACUGGGGUGUUUUAUCCCCCACAGUUAGCCAGAGAGAGACAGGCUCCUUGGUGGAUGUAAAUUCUCUGAGAUGUGCUACUGUUUCAAUGAUGUAGACUUUAUAAGCUCAUGAUUAAAAGGAAGUUUCUGCA